CUCCAUCUCUAUCCUCUCUCUCUCACUUUCUCUCUCCUCAUCACUCACAUCACCGACCCUACCCAAUCACCAGAAAUAUUCAAAGCGCGCCACAAAGCAAAAGAUAAAGAAAAAAACAAGGGAGAGGGACAUAAGUUCUUUUAGAUCUCUCGUUCCAUCACAUUCCAAUCCCCCUUUUUUUUUUUUGUUGUUUCCUUUAUUUCCCAAACAUACCACAUUUUAUCAGUCAUUCUUUUGGAAUCUUACCACAUUUUAUCAGCCAUUCAUUUGAGCACUCAGAGAGGCUCCGUUUUGUAUUUCUUCAGUGAUUUGUGUGUGCGCUAGAGAGAGAAAACGAUAUGGGAGGUAAGAGGAGUGUGUUGGCUGUGUCGGUGAUGUUUUUUUUGCUAUUGAGUUGCAUCAAUGGCGAAGACCCGUACAGAUUUUACACAUGGAACGUCACUUAUGGUGAUAUUUACCCUCUUGGUGUCAAACAACAGGGAAUAUUGAUAAACGGGCAGUUUCCCGGGCCACAGAUCGAGUCGGUGACUAAUGACAACUUGAUUAUCAGUGUUUUCAACAGUUUGGACGAGCCCUUUCUCAUCUCCUGGAAUGGUGUUCAGCAAAGAAGGAACUCGUGGCAGGAUGGAGUCUAUGGCACCAACUGCCCCAUCCCACCAGGACAGAACUUCACUUAUGUCCUUCAAGUCAAAGAUCAGAUUGGUAGCUACUUCUAUUUCCCAUCCCUUGCUUUCCACAAGGCCGCAGGAGGGUUUGGUGGCAUCAAAAUUUCUAGCCGCUCUGUCAUUCCCGUUCCUUUCCCUCCACCUGCUGGCGAUUUCACCGUACUGGCUGGAGACUGGUACAAGCAAAAUCACACUGAUUUGAAAGCAAUUUUAGACGGUGGACAUGACCUUCCUUUCCCUGAUGGCCUUCUUAUCAAUGGUCGUGGAUCAAAUGGAUAUACAUUCACAGUUGAACAAGGCAAGACUUACAGGUUCCGGAUAUCAAAUGUGGGGCUCACAACUGCCAUCAAUUUUAGAAUCCAGGGGCACAAGAUGAUGUUGGUAGAGGUGGAAGGAACCCACUCACUCCAGAACACUUAUUCUUCCCUUGACAUCCAUUUGGGCCAGUCCUAUUCUGUAUUGGUUACAGCUGAUCAACCUGGACAAGACUACUACAUUGUCGUGUCGACACGUUUCACCUCCCAAGUGCUCACUGCAACAUCCAUCCUUCAUUACAGUAAUUCAGCAGGAAGUGUUUCUGGUCUUCCCCCUGGUGGACCAACAACUCAGAUUGAUUGGUCUCUCAAUCAGGCCCGGUCCAUUAGGCGAAAUUUAACGGCAAGUGGGCCAAGACCUAACCCCCAAGGUUCUUACCAUUAUGGAUUGAUCAACACCACCCGUACAAUUAGACUUGCAAACUCUGCUCCAAUUAUCAAUGACAAGCAAAGAUAUGCAGUCAAUGGCGUGUCAUUUAUCCCAGCAGACACGCCACUGAAACUUGCUGACUACUUCAACAUUUCGGGUGUCUUCAGCCCUGGAAGCAUCUCAGACAACCCUACUGGUGGUGGUUACCUCCAGACUUCUGUCAUGGCUGCCGAUUUCCGAGGUUAUGUUGAGGUUGUGUUCGAAAACCAAGAAGACACUGUGCAGUCAUGGCACAUUGAUGGGCACAACUUCUUCGUUGUCGGGAUGGACGGUGGACAAUGGUCAUCUGCGAGCAGAUUAAACUACAACUUAAGAGACACAAUUUCUCGUUGCACAGUUCAGGUGUAUCCCAUGUCAUGGACUGCAGUUUACAUGCCUUUGGACAAUGUGGGAAUGUGGAAUGUAAGAUCUGAGAACUGGGCUCGCCAAUACUUGGGUCAGCAGUUCUAUCUUCGCGUUUAUUCCCCAGCCAAUUCAUGGAGAGAUGAAUAUCCCAUUCCAAGUAAUGCUCUUCUCUGUGGUCGGGCAAUAGGUCAUAGAAGGUCAUAAAACACGACCUCUACAAGACAGUACAAUCUAUGAAUCGUCACGAGGGGGUGACUGGUUCUUGGAUGUGAACUAUGAGGGAGGUUCCUCGCAAAAGGGCUCUGUUUGUGCAUGUCUUGGCUGCUUUGCUUUGCAGGAAUUCUAUGUAUUCUUGUUACUGGAUUGUAGGGACUGUUCCACUGUGUGCUGUAUUUUUUGUGUAACUCAUUUAAAAUUCAUCAAAUAUGGUUUUUUU